AUGGAUCACACUCGAGACCCCUGUCCUUGGGUUGCCCUCAGCGACUUCGGCGGUGCCUUUUGCAUGGGCGCCAUUGGCGGAGCUAUAUGGCAUGGCAUCAAGGGGUUCCGUAACUCUCCCCUUGGAGAGCGACGUAUAGGUGCGGUAACAGCUAUCAAAGCAAGAGCACCAGUACUCGGGGGCAACUUCGGAGUAUGGGGGGGCCUGUUCUCUACAUUUGAUUGCGCUGUCAAGGGGAUAAGGAAGAAGGAAGACCCGUGGAAUGCAAUCAUCGGGGGGUUCAUGACAGGCGGCGCACUCGCCGUUCGAGGAGGUCCCAGAGCAAUGCGGAACAACGCAAUCGGUUGUGCUGUCCUCCUUGCUGUGAUAGAAGGCGUCGGUAUCACCAUGGGUCGCAUGAUGGCCGAAAACACGAGGCUCGAAGCACCUCCACCUCCACCU